AUGGUUCCUUUUCGACGCUUAUCGCAGAGGGGCCGUCGCAGCUUCGACAACCGCGACUCCUACGAAUGGCAAGACGAGCGAGACAAACGCAUCAUGACGGCCACCUUUCCCAUACACCCUCUCUCCUCUAUGCAGGCGCCCUUUGAGGAGUCGAUGCUCGACGCCACUGGCGAAACGGGGCACGUUCCCUUCGCCAUUCCCAAGAAGAGCGUUAAGACGCGACAGCAAAUGCUGUGCAGAGAGGAGAAUGCCUCUGAGCCCUCGUGGAACUUCACAUACAACUGCCACUGGAGGAGCAACGCAAAGGGCAAAUUUCACCCCCUGACAAAGACCGUCGCGCAGAUCAUCUUUGGUGUCCACCUGCUGCAUCAGCAUCUGGAAAAGUCCGUCGCCGAUGUCGCUGACAUAUUGCUCAAGCAUGUCAAUGAGCUCGACAGUUUUCUGCAGCGGGCGAAUGAAGACCUUGAAAGCAGCAUGAAGGACAUGCUGUUCCGGCAUAAAUGUCUAAAGGUGCCCAUGGAACACGUAAACGAAUUCGAUCGCCUCCUCGAAGACCGCUCAUACCGCGCCCAACUCCUCGACGGCAACGUCGUAAUCGAACGCACCAUUGGGCGCAUGUCGCAACUGCUCAACGACUACCUGAUCGACAUCAACGUAUUUCGCGAAGCCAACCAGGAGCUCGAUCUCUACCUAGGCGAUGUGGGAGACGAAUGGACAUACCGCAAUGAGGAUAUUGGGCGCAUAUAUUCAGCCAUGUGUGGCAACACCGGAGGCUGGUCGCAAUUCUUGCAAAGCCUCGUAGCAAAGGCUGAAAGGCUGGGCGUUGUGCUCGUACAGGUCAGCAGCUAUUGCAAUGAGAUCGAGAAGCGGUGUGGCGCUGCAAGUCGCCGAAGUUUGCAGCAGCAGCAGCAGCCCGAGAUCACAAACGCAUCCGAUUCCACCACAGAGACGCCCAAACGGAGCGAAGACUCGUCUUCUGCAUCUGCCGUUUCCAACACAGACGUCGAUGUACGACGUCAGGCAACGACUUUCGCAGCCGACAGCAGUAUGCCGCUUUUCGAUCAGGAUCCCAACGGCGGCGGCCGCAACUCGCGAGCCUCCAACGUCUCUGCCAUGAGCCGAGCAUCAGGUAAACCCGUAUCGCGGGCACCCAGUGCAGACCUUCAACCUCUGAACCGCGGCGUCACGUCCAUGCUCCGCACCGAGACCGAGAUAGGCGACGUUAGCAUCGGCCGUCCUAAGUUCGACGACUUGUCUGCCAUGAGCAACGCACCACGUCCGCUGCGUUCGCGCGCGACCAGCAGGAUGUCGCAAGUUUCUUCCACGUCCAACACUUCCAGUCGGGGCAGCAAGCAGCACUUCCGUUCCUACCCCUCCUCGUCUUCUGCACCGCGCCAGCCAAUGCAACACCAUGGGCCCGUGUAUAAUGCCGACACGCUGUCUCCAACGAUGAUGAACGCCACCGGAUCAUCGCCUUUCAACAACCGAAGAGACAACCGCGACAGGGACGCGCAUCGCUCGCACUCGAUGACGAAUACCGUACAGCCCCCAGCGUACGGCCUCUCCAGCAACAGGUCUAUUCCCAGCUUGCGCCCUCGGCCAGCGUCCCGAUCUUCGAACCCAAGCCCAUACUAUGCACACCCCGCCGGGGGUGGUUCCAGGCAGCCUGUUCCAUACUCGCGAUCGGUCCAGUCCGCCCUGAGCGACGACAGCGGAGUACACUUCCAAGGGCCGCGGAGCUACGACGGUCAGCGACUGCCCUAUGCUGGCCACGCACAAGGCUACGGCAACCCAGGAUACACAAAUCAUACGUAUCGGCAGCAGCAUGCUGGACAAGGACAAGACCAACGAGGCUUCAACACCCGACAGGGCCCCGGGCAGAUGAGGACCAAGAAUCCAGCUUCUCGGUCGACGAUGAGCCUUGAAGACCCCCCCGUGGAAGACGACGACUUUCCUCCCUACCACGCGGCUUUCGGACAACUCGUGUCUCGCAGGAUGACAGGCAACUCCGCGCGCGAGCCUCGUUCAGAAGAUCGAAGAGAGCGCAGGCGUCAGGAUGAACAUCAGCCACCUUUACCAGCCGAUCACCGCCAACGGAUCGCUGCUGAACAAGCUCGUCUCAAGAGGUCUGCGCCUGCUUCCAUGUCCAGUUUUAACACAAACUUGCGUACCGAAUCAGAGCCGCCAUCGUCCGACAUGACAAUGCCAUCAACUCCGAAAGAUGGUAGCUCCAUGGAAGUGCACCGAAACCUCGAUAGAAACAAGGUCUUCAAAGCCGCCAACCCGAACCGCCUUGUUAUUCAGGAAGAGUAUCCUUCAGUACCAUACUACAACACGAGUGACCAGCUCGGACCUGUGGCGUCUGCGGACCCAGGGACGGAUGCUGAUCCCGACGGCUUCAUAGACCGAAAGAUAACCACUGUCGAGCAGUCUCGUCAGGCUGGGGCGACAUUGAAGAGUGAUUCUUUUUUAGGACAAGAGGCACGACCAAUGUCGAUGGAGGUCGUGUCUCCCCACCUAGACAACAUCGCUACCAUUACCGUGAGAACUUGCGAAAAGACCUCGAUUCCGAUCUCGAACGCGAACGCGAAGCCGAGCGCAAAGCCCGGAAGCAUUCGCGAAAGCGACAUUGCGGAACUCCCAGCGUCCCCCGUAGCUCACCGCAUCACAAGGAAUUUGAUCCUAAGAGGUCUGGAGGCUUCAACGACGGGCGAUAUCCAGUCUUCGAUGGACAUCCUCGACUCGUCCACUCUUGAAUUCGCAGUCCAGCAUUCCAUACCAACGGCCAAUAGCGGUGGCUUCCAAAACGAGCCCGGUGUCAAAAUUCAUGCUACCACGAACAUGUCUCUCAGUCCUGGUAAUAGUACCGGCGAUGGUAUGUCGGAUGUUCUUGCAGGAUAUCAGGGAUCUGAUUAUAAGAACGAGACCGACGCUUUGGUACGAACCGAGAUGGCCAACGAGAGCAGGUAUGAGGAGCACACAGAUGCUUCAACAGAAAAUGACAUGAAGCCGCUGCCUCUUGCCCUUCGAUCCAGAAGUAGCCAUGCACAAGGGUCGUCCGAUGAGCUGUCCUUCAAGUCUUGUACCGAUCUGCCAGAUGUCUCUUCAGGCUUGAUACCAUUCGAGCCAGGGAAAGAAGACAUCAAAGCGUCUUCCACAUCCGCCAUUGACUUUGCGCCGCAGCGAGAUACGGUAUCGAAGGAAGCAGACACUCACUCUUUUGCGACUGGUGUGCACCCUAUCCGUGCUAGUUUCGCAGCUCCGCCUCGACUCCAAACGUCCAACCUAGGAACGGUGGUCUUGAAUCAGGGCAGGACGAUUGUGGAGGCACCCUUGUCCAAGCCCUCUUCUGCUAUGCUUCGCAAACAGCCUCCUAUACCGCGUCGAGAAUCCAGCUUUUCUAUCGUAGCGAGCAAAUUGCGGACUAGCUCCAAGCAGAGCAUGAAGCAAGGCUCGAUAUCGGUAUCUGGUUCGUCAUCCACGCUGGGCACUACGCACCAGGGGCCAGCGGUACCGCCCCGAGAGUCAAGCACUUCCAAGGAGGCCCAACGUGUGCACGCCGCAGUCUCGUUCUUGAUGCGUCCACUACCGUUGCGCUUUGCCAGGUCUCGGAAGUAUACUGACCAAGAGGAGCUACCGAAGUCAGAUGAGACGGUCACAUCUGCUUCCAGUUCGAGUCAAGACACGGACGGCGUUAUCAGUCUCAAUGAGAUGACCAGCUCACCGCCACCCGCCAUGGAGGUAAAGAAGACGCCGCAAGCGCCGUCGACCAGGCCAAAAGGUGUACCUGUUGCGAAGACGCGAGCUAUCAGCUUCGACACUCCGAAAGCUUGCAACCCAUCCAAGAUGCCCGGUAGUAGCCCGGCUCCUGUUGCGCAACCAAUCGACAGCCCGGUUCCUGCGAUUUUGGAGCCCUCCUCUGUGUACUCGAUCCAUGACACCUCCUCAGGCUCAUGUGUAGACUCCGCGGAUGGACUUCCGGUAGCCCAAGAGCCUGGCCAUCGUGACAGCCAGACUACGACACACCUCGAUUGGAAUGGAUAUAGGCCUUCCUCCCACGGUGGUGGCCUCCAGCAGGUGUCGCUACGCCCUCUGAGCGGUGUUGGAAAUCUUUUGAAUUCUUUGGGAUCGGGUCCUUUGUCCAACAUCCAAGAGAAUACUACGACGGACCUCAGAUUAUCCGGAUAUAGGUAUCCUGGCCCUGCGCGUUAUCUGCCUGACCUGAAGGAGGAGUCGCAUGAGGACUCGAGCCUCAACACGAGUGCCAGCAAUCUGAAGAGCUCGAGUUGCCGCUUUCCGUUCGGCGCGCCGUCGGGGGUCAGGGCUUCGGGAGAGGAACCGAUCAACUUCUCGGGAAGGUCGUCUAGAGCGUCGCAUCGUCGGAGUGCUGUUGGCAGCAACGUGGGUAGCGCGCUCGGACAGGCACACGGUUUGCCUUCGAUGCGGUUUAGUCGGAUGAAUCUGUUCGAUGGUCUGACCGAGGACCUUGGCCUUCGCUACUCAAGGUCAAUGGAAGAGGUGCCCAAUGCGUCGCAGAGGGUGAGCAGAGGUAGUCCACGGCCUGCAUCAGCCGGUGAUGUCACGGACCUGCGCCUUUCUCUCGCCGAAUUGAAUGAAGCAGAGCGCUCAGGGUUGUCAAUGCAGCCUACCGCCGUGUUGAACUUGUUCGCGAUGCACCGUGCUCGUUCACCGGAGCUCAUGGCAGAGAUUGAGCGGCUGACUAUACCUUCUGUCGGGGGGCUUACCCAGCGCCUCUCAGAGAUCUUCCCGUCGUUGAGGGAAUACUACAAGUGCGGUGAGCCAGCCGAGUUUCCGAUUGAGGAGGAGAUGGAGAAGCACGCAUUGGAGGAGAUCCACGAGAUCCAUCCGACGCAGAAACGCUCAUCUGCUCGACUUCGCCCCAUGCGUGGCGUCUCGCACAUGGUUGUUAUCGAGGACGAUCUGUAUGAUGAGAUCACAAGCAAGGAGAGGGGAUGUGGCAGUCCAGGCCGUCCCGACGAUGGAGUUGGUGUAAACGGCGCUAGCGAGGCAGACUCAAAUACAGGCAGCUCCCCCAAGGACGACGACGCACCGAGCACACCAACACACAACAAGACGACUCCGCUCUCAGAGCUGCGAGUCCCAUCACCAGCUGUUCUCCGUCCGCGCUCUCACACCGUCGGCCCUCAAGAGCUUCGCAUCUCAGGGGAGUCCGCUCUUUCCGUAAGAAGGUCUCUCAGGUCGUUUGUUUCUACGCCCACAGUAACCGAGACGCGUCCCUGGAAUUCAGACAAGAAUUAUCCCUGGGCGACGUCAACAAACCCCGCUAUUGACAUCUCCCUUCCUCGUCCAGCUGCUGCGAGACACUCUCCUCACCCAGGCCCUUCCCACCUCCGCAACAGACUCUCUGACGCGUCUACCACAAGCUCCUUCUCGACAGCGCAGACAGCCACAGCUUCCCCGUUCGGAUCACCGGCCGAUAGCACCGCACACGCGCGUCAUCACCGCUUCAGCACCUUUGGGCGCAACAGCGACCAGCCACACGCAGUCGGUGAACGCUACCCCACCUCUGCCCUGUCACCUCCUACAGCUAUCUUCCGCGACCACCUGUCAGCCUCUGACACUUCUGACGACGAGCACUACGACACCACACGCAAGACUAGGCUCUCGCUCCGCAAGCGCUUUUCGUCAACUCGCAAAGCUACGCUUGACAGCCAAUCAAACACUCGAGCUGGUCGAAGCAAGACCAACGCACAAGACCUCGCCUCGCCCGAGUCGACCAAGCAGUCAACCACCUCACUCCUCCAAGAUCGUGCCGGUGAAGCUCAAGCUUUCACGUCAUCUACCACCGCCAACCGCCAUACCUUCCGUGACGCGGAGGGCAUGAGAGCAGUUGACUACCGCAAACACCGCAUCAUCGACCGCCUCAAGACCUGGUGGCACAAGGGCUCGCACCUGAUCCGUCAACUUUCAAACCGAAAACACUAA